AAAGUUAUUUAUAAAGCACAAGGCUGUAAAUCUAUAUAAUAGGGUCCUCGUUGCCGUAGACAUGAUAUUGUUCUUUCUUGACCGUCAUUUUCAAUCAAUCUUUCCUCUCUUUCAAGCUUAAUUAAAGUUUAAAUAGCUAACACUCAUCAAAAUGCGGUCUAACCUCUUCGCUCUGGCUUUUGCCGCUGUCGGUGUCAGUGCUGCUCCGGCUGCCGACACUACCACCCUCACCGCGGACCAGGCCACAACCAUCCUCAAGAGUGUCAUUGACUCUCUCCAAGCCGCUGGAGAUCUUCGAGCCUCUCUGCAGAAAGCCACACCACAGUUUACCGAGGAAAAUGCUGCUUCUCCUUACCAGGCUCUUGCAGACAGCUUCAUCAGCACCCUGAACCUCUUGCCCGGCAACAACGGCGAUGUUGACAUCGGCCCCGCCACUGACGCACAAGCGGCUACGAUUUGCUCUUUGGUUCCCAAGUUUGAGGCUGCUGGUACUCAUGCGAGCGAUACCCUCAUCAACGUGCCUGGAUUCCAAGACGACAACACUACCCCUGCACGUACGGCGGCACUAAACUUGGGCUUUGCAUUGGAUAACCUAGGUUGGCAGUUGAACAUGUUUCACUGGGGCUUUAUUAAUUCCGGUGCGGCGCUUACAUGUGACAAGGCUACCCAAGAUGCCUUUUACACUGUACCCAACUUGCUUAUGAAUGCUGGCGAUGCUAUCAUUUACUAGGAGUAGUGGCUUUAGCACAGGUAUUAAAGCAGGAGCUUGGUUCAAUUUUUGGAUCCGUAUAUAUUCGAUAAUUAUAUCACACGUACCUAUACCCUCUUCAACCUAGCCUAUAUGUUCCCUCGCUGUUUCGGAUGUCUGCGAAGUCGAACCACUCUGUAGUGUCUUUUGUG